CGCACGCGCCCCCAAACCCAGUCCAGAGCCACCGCGAUGUCGAACAAGCCCUCCUCGGGCCAGCGGGCGGUGCAGCCGCUCGCCAACAGCAACAGCAAGGCCAACCGCCCCAGCUCCGGUCAGAAGCCGACCGGCAGCCCGUCUGCCAAGCGCGGAUCGCGAGCCAGCGCCGCCGCCGCGGCGGCUCGUGCAAAGGACCCGUUGCGGUACAAGACGGUCGAGUGCGAGAACUGGGCCCGCGACGGCAAGUGCCCGUACGGGGCUCGCUGCCAGUUUGCCCACGGAGCUCACGAGCUCCGGACGGUGCUACCUGCGGCGCCGCUCGGCAGCCCGACGACGAGCGGCAGCAGCCGGCGGUCGAGCAACGCGGCGCCGGCGCUCUACUCCUCGCUCUUCUCGCCCGAGUCGCCUCGCUCGCCAAUCAGCCUCACGCCCUCCAGUCUGCCUCCGCCCCGGCGGUGGCCCGCGCCGAUGCCUCCUUGUGCGCACUCUGCCUGCUCCGCCGCCUCGUCUGGCGGUGAGUACGGCUACCUCACCCCCGACGAGGCGGAGGUGGUCUGCAACCCGGAGACGGGCCGCGUGUCGCACAACACGCUCUCGGUCCGCCGCACCAUCUCGAUGCUCUGGGCGGAGGACGACCACUCGCCAGCCGUCACAAGCAGGCUGCCGGCGGCGCAUGUGCACUGA